AUGCGUCUGUCGGGGCUGCAGAAGGAGGUCGUCGGUCUCUACCGUCGAUGUCUCCGCGAGUGCAGGAAGAAGCCCCUUGCCACAAGACCGCAUUUUCAGGAGUUUGCUCGUCACGAGUUCGACAAGAACGUCAAGAUCGACAAAAGAGACUUCGCAGCUAUCGAGUUCUUCCUGCGUAAAGGCCGCCGCCAGCUGGACAUGUACGCCUCCCCUGGCGUCAAGGAUAUCAAGUAA